AUGGUCGUCCUAAAACCACAGUCCGACUUUGGCAAUGCGCCACCCCCUCAGACGCCGUAUAGCAUCAUCUCCAACCUGCCGGGAUGGGAUUUGCUUCGCAACUUUCGCGACGGAGACAUGUCUCCCAUGGCGAGGGUGGUCAACAUCUAUCCGCGCUUUGGCCCGACUCAGUUUGCUGGCAAGCUCGGCCAAGAAGUAGCAAAGAAACUGGGCUAUGAGGGCAAAGGCUGCAUGGUAUACCUCAACCCCAUCAUGUUCCCGUAUACUGCCGGCCAUGUCAAAAACUCUCACCGGAAUGAAGCUGCCAUUGAUCCAUCAAACCUCACCUUCAAAUGCGUCGACGUGGCCGGCCAUCGUGUCUACGCCGUCAUCUUUGAACCCCAGCACACCAAAGCCCUCAUGCUUAGCUGGGGCAAUCCCGGCCUCGGACUCUCCAUCCGUAUUGCUGAGCAUCUGCUGAGCAACAUUGACACACUGGUCGAAGUCCCAUUUGACGAUUACAGGAACGCUCCCAAGCCAACUUUCACGCCCGCUGGCCCAGCUCACCAAUUGCUCCGUGAACGCGUCAACAAGUUCAUCCACCGCGCCUCUAUUAACCCAGAGCUGGUGAAGAGCAAACCCGACGACGUCUAUCUCUACCCCAGCGGCAUGGCUGGCAUCUACCAUACCACGAAUCUCAUCCAGCAGUACCGCCCUGGAACCAACAUCAUCCUCGGCAUCGUCUUCCACAAUACCCAGCACCAUUUGCUCGAGGAGAGCCCCAACGGAUUCAAGCAUUUCGGCAAAGUCGACAAGAAGGGCCUUGACGAUAUGGAAACUUGGCUCGAAGGAGAAACCAAGGAGGGCCGAAAGGUGAGCUUCGUCAUUGUCGAGUUCCCAGGCAACCCGACCCUGGAAAGCACAGACUUGCCUCGCCUCAAGAAGUUGUCCGAAAAGCACGGCUUCGUGUUGAUUGUGGACGACACCAUUGCUGGCUUCGCAAACGUCGACGUGCUGGCACACUCGGACAUUGUCCUCACUUCCCUCACCAAGAGCUUCAACGGCAGGGCCGACGUCCUCGGCGGCUCCGUCGUCCUCAACCCGCUGUCUCCCCACUACAGCGAGCUGUCUUCCCGAUUUGCAGAGACUCACAACAACGAGCUCUUUGCCGGCGACGCGGAGAUGCUUCUCGCCAACUCGCACGACUUCCUCCAGCGUACACGCCGCCUUAACCGCAACGCAGAGGCCAUGGCGACUUUUCUGCAUAACACAAUUGGCCGCGACGACUCCCCCGUUGUCCGAGUCCAGUAUCCCAGCCUGCUGGCCGACAAAUCCAACUACGACCGCUUCUUGCGACGCAGCACGGUCGAACUGCCCAACCCCGGUUACGGCUGUCUCUUGAACGUCGAGUUUGAGAGCGUAGCAACUGCCAGAGCCUUUUACGACCGUUGCGGAUUCUACUCCAGCCCGCACCUGGGCGGCCACGUCACCAUCAUGCUGGCGUAUAACAUGAUGAUGUUUGGCAAGAAACCCGAAGAAAAGGAGGAGUUUAGAGGGUACAAUGCCCUCGAGGAGAGCAUACGGAUCUCUGCUGGUUUGGAGGACGUCGAGGAUUUGGUUGAUACGCUCAAGGACGCACUUGAUGCGGCCAUUGAGGUCAAGCGGAAAGCCACGCCGAAUGGCACCAGCUAA